AUGAAGGCCGUCUUCGUCGUUCUUGCCCUCUCCGUCUCCGCUCUUGCCCAGGGUGUGAGCAUUACCCAGCCCCCCGCCGGCUCCACCGAGAAGCAGGGCCUCCCCAUGACCGUCGUCGUCCAGAAGCAGAACUCCCUCACAGGCUCGCAAGACGUCGCAGUCGCCAUCGGGCUCCAAUCCUGCGGCACAGCGAGCUGCGACAGCCUCCCGAACGAGUCCGUCGGCCCGCUGCUCUUCACGGGCGAGUACGCCCCCAAGGCGGACGCGUCCGGGAACGUCACGCAGAACUACAUCGUGCGCGUCCCCGCCGACAUGGCCCCCGGCCCCGCGCGCCUCUCCGUCGCCCACUUUUAUAUCCUCGGGGCUUCGGAGAUGGCGACGAUGGACGUGGCGCACACGACCCUCAAUAUCACUGCUUGA